UAGAAGCUUCACGCGGCUAAGUUUCCCUUCUUCCACAGCAAUCUUAACACCCAAGUUACCAAUCUCACUUCGAAUUCAGAUCUCUAUUUAUAAUCGUAAAUUCUCGAUUUCUUUCCAAUUCGAUCGCCUGAGACGAUGACGAGCACAAACCCAGAUCAGAAACCGCCGGCGCCGGCGGAGGAAGAAACGAAGAAAUACGGCACUCACUUAAUGGGCCCGCCGGCGGACCCGACGGUGCACCCGGACAAUCAGCAGGCGGCGCUCUGGCAGGCCCAGGGCCCGGCCCAGGGCCCUCAGCCGUACGUGGUGUACGCCCCCGUCGACAAGCCCGCCGACAACCCUGUCGAAUACGUCGUCAAUAUGUUCAAUUCGUGGAGCCAUCGGGCCGAGGAAAUCGGGCGGAACAUCUGGCACAAUCUGAAAACAGGGGCGUCGGUGUCGGAGGCGGCGUGGGGGAAGAUCAAUCUGACGGCGAAAGCCGCGACGGAGGGCGGAUUCGAGUCACUUUUCCGGCAGAUAUUUCCGCCGGUGGCUCCGAACGAGAAGCUUAAGAAAACAUUCGCCUGCUACCUGUCGACGACGACCGGCCCUGUCGCCGGGACUCUCUACCUGUCGACCGGCCGGGUGGCGUUCUGCAGCGACCGGCCGCUGUCGUUCCGGGCGCCAUCGGGGCAGGAGACUUGGAGCUACUACAAGGUCUCAAUUCCGGUGGGGAGCGUGGAGAGCGUCGCUCCAGUGGUCAUGCGGGAGACUCCGCCGGAAAAGUACAUCCACCUGGUGACGGUGGACGGCCACGAGUUCUGGUUCAUGGGGUUUGUUAAUUUUGAGAAGGCGUCGCAUCAUCUGCUGGAGACUGUGUCGGAUUUCCGGGCGGGCAGCCACCCUGAUGGCGCCGGCGCCGUCGCCGGCGGUGGCUGACGUGGCCGCCGGAGAUGUGGUGGUGAAUGCGUUUAGUUUGUGUGUUGGUUGUUGGUGUAAGAAUUUUGGUGAUUUGGGGGUUUUGUAUAUAGUUUGUGUUGGGGAAAUGUUGUAAUGUUGUUGCUUGUUUUACCUUUUUUGUUUUCUAUUUAUAUUUAUAUUUAUAUUUA